AUGAUGAAAAUUAAUUUGAUUUUAAUAUUUAUUUGUGCAGAAAUCUUCUUUAUUAAUUGCUACACAAUUAAUCAGUUCCAGAGAUAUCCCUGGUCUGAUUAUGAUGUUGAAUCAAUAGAUGUAUUCCUUGCUAAACUUAUACAACUAGAAAAUUUAUUUCAAAAUGAAAAUUUACCAAUAAGUUCAUUAGAUCAAUCUGAUGGUCAUUCACGUCAUUUACAAAAACGUGGUCGACAAUGCUUAUGGAAAGUAUGUAGUUGGGCACUUGACAAACGUUCACCUUCAUCAAAUCCUAGUAAUGGUUUAGAAAAAAAAUUAUUAUAUUAG